CUGCUCUUCCGGCUCGGCUGGUCGGCCCAGUAACUCCCAGUCACCCUCACUGGGGCCCCCAUUGUACUGAGCUAUUUAUACGCGCAACAUAAAGGCACAGGUGUGGCCCUUAGAACUCCCAGAAUCCCCUGAGGGGCCAGGAGUGGGGGGGAAUUCCUUGAAAUAAACUUAACGAGCUCCUUAACGACCCCCAUGAUCCCUGGAAAUAACUUGCAGUUGGUCUUUCUUAUUCUCUGUGGUUUAGGAAUCAGUCGGACAGGCGGUGAGUCGGAGCAGAGGAUUAGUUGCCCUUUAAUGAUGGAUAAGGGGGGCAGUGUGCAGAACCCCUAUGCCAGUGUGAAUAUCCCCCGGGCGCAGUUGAAGAGCAGCUUUGUGCGCCGGACCCUGGGGGAGGGCGACCUGGAUGGGGUGGUUAUUGCCAACCCCGCGGCGGUGCCAAGUUACCCCUCCUACUCCCCGCAGGACAGGUAUAGCGGCGACGUGACGUCCCCUGCCCCGUGGGAGGGCAAUAAAGUGCGCACCCAGGAGUCAUGGCGACGCCCUUACAACCCGUACGCCGACCCUCCCCACAAUGGCGGGGGGCACCCCCCGGGUAUGUACGCCGUCGACCUGGACAAGAGGAACAAAGGGGCAGCGAGGGCGGAGGAGGAGCCGUGCUGCUGUUACCCCUGCUGCAAAUGCUGCCCCUGCUGUCGCAAGAAUUGCUGCGUCGUCUCCUAAUCUGCCCCCCCUGGGCGCCAGAAAGGGAAAAACUGCCGCUGUAAAGACUGGGGGGGGGGGGGCACCCCGCUUACACUUAGGGGCGGGGCUUUAACCCCUUUGGAACGACUUGCGUUGCCAAAUUGUAUCCACACUCCUUCCCACGGACAGACACACGGACUCGCAUGUUGUUGCCAAGCCAGCGGGACCCUAGCAACCAGCAAAGCGCAGUGCCAAGGCUGCCCUGGAGUCUAUGAAGGGAUCUGGGGGGUUAUUAUUGUAACCUAGAAUUAAUUUAUAUUUAUCCGCAGAUUGCAAUUUUCCUAAUUAUAUAGUGGGGGGGGGGGGGUCUCUGGGGGUCCAACCCCAUUCGCAUUCCUACAGCUUCAAUGGGACGUUGCAGUUGGUCUUUGAUCUAAUGUUCCUUGUGGUGCCUGGAUUAUAUCAAUUUCAUAUUUUUAUUUGGCAGUCUGGCAUUUUAAUGGUUUCUAGGGACCCCCUGUCCUUAGCAACCAGGCAGCCAUCAGACUAGGAAAUGAAUAGGAACAAAGAAAUAAUCAUCAAUGAUCCUAUUGGGGGUGCCAGCCCGACAACUGGGGAGUCAGAAAGAGUGGAAAAUGAAGACCAACUGCAAUGCAGCCUGCAAUAGGCAGAAUGCUGAUGAUCCGGCACCUUCCCCUGCAUAUUGAUUGGCUAAAUAAAACAAGAGCUGUUGAGGGGAACCUUUACCUUGAAGUGUAGUUACCCUUUAAUCUGAUGUGUCCCUGUGUGGGCGGAGCUUGCACAGAGACCCGCCCCUGAGGAACGUUGCACAAGAUCAUUGUUAUAUUUUUAUAUACGGAAUUAAAUGAUUGAAUUAAAGGCUCCUAAACCGGUA